GGCAGAGACAUAGGCAGAGGGAGAAGUAGGCUCCCUGUGGGAAGCCUGAUGUGGGACUCGAUCCCAGGACCCCAGGAUCACAACCUGAGCCAAAGGCAGAUGCUCAACCACUGAGCUACCUAGGCGUCCUCUAAGAACUCAUUCUGAUCUUGAUCCCUGCAACACUGCUUUACUGAUUUCCCUUCUUUGCAUCUAUUCUUCCCUCCCUUACCACUUCUGAGAUCCAGUUUCGCUUAUUUGGAAGGAGGAUAAGCCCUGUAGGCCUGCGGGGCUGAAGGAGCCCUCUAGGCUCCUCUGGGGGGUGCAACUUCAUCUAGGUCCUGAAUGUGGAGAGGGCUCAGAGGAGUAGAGACCAGGUCUGUGUUGAUAGGUGGGGAGGAGCUUCCAGGGGGAAAAGCCAGCUCAGAAUAUUGAGAGGUACAAAUGUCAAGAAAAGAGCAAAGCUUUGGGUAAGGCAGAUUGGGGUUCAUAAACAAGAGCUGUAAGACCUCACCAAACCCCUCCAAACCUCAGUGUGUCUGUCUGUAAAAUAGAUCUCAAGGAGAAUAAAGGAGGGUAACUUUUGAGGAAGAAUCUGGAAGUGUUUGGCACAUAGUAGAAUCUGAAUAAUGAACACUGGUCCUUUCCCUUCAUUCCUACCCAUGGACAAUCACAGCUCCCAGAGGCCAGCAUGGCACUCAGCAGUCCACUGUCUAGAACCACAAGUAUUGCAGAGCUGACAGGAGGCUGGGGCAGAGUUCCAUCCUGCUGUUUCAUCCUCUUUCCUGGAGUUUAAAACUUCUUUGAAAACACCACCAGCCCCAGGCCCUGCUCAUCUCAAGCCCCCUGCUCUGGUGCAGAAGAAAGCACAAGGGAGCCAACGGAGGGCACGGCUGGCCCGCAGCACUUCAGGGGGGCCUGCCUUGUAGGCCCACGCCCCGCGGAGGCUGGAGCCACUGGGUGGCGCUGCAGCUGGCAUCAGUUUUCAGAGGCAAACGUUUAUCAGUCAUCUACCACUCCACAGGAAGCACCAGACAGGCCACCAGAGGGGAUAAAAUGGCAAGACUGUGCCCUGCCUUCAGAUGCCCACCCACCUGCACUCCUUCCUAGUCCCAUUGGGAAUCACCCAUCCCUGUCUCCUCCCGCCCCCAUCCUCGCAGCUGGUCCCUGAGCUGACUUGUCACCAUGGCAGCCCUGAUUGCAGAGAACUUCCGCUUCCUGUCGCUCUUCUUCAAGAGCAAGGAUGUGAUGAUUUUCAAUGGGCUGGUGGCACUGGGCACGGUGGGCAGCCAGGAGCUCUUCUCUGUGGUGGCUUUCCAUUGCCCUUGCUCACCUGCCCGCAACUACCUGUACGGGCUGACGGCCAUUGGCGUGCCUGCCCUGGCCCUCUUCCUCAUUGGGGUCAUCCUCAACAACCACACAUGGAACCUGGUCGCUGAGUGCCAGUACCGGAGGGCCAAGAACUGCUCAGCUGCCCCCAACUUCCUCCUCCUAAGCUCCAUCCUGGGCCGUGCAGCGGUGGCCCCUGUCACCUGGUCCGUCAUUUCCCUGCUGCGAGGUGAGGCCUAUGUCUGCGCUCUCAGCGAGUUUGUGGAUCCCUCCUCACUCACAGCUGGGGAGAAGGGCUUCCCACCAGCCCAUGCCACGGAAAUCUUGGCCAGGUUCCCCUGCGGGGAGGGCCCCGCCAACCUGUCAGGCUUCCGGGAAGAGGUCACCCGCAGGCUCAAGUAUGAGUCCCAGCUCUUCGGGUGGCUACUCAUCGGCGUGGUGGCCAUCCUGGUGUUCCUGACCAAGUGCCUCAAGCAUUACUGCUCACCACUCAGCUACCGCCAGGAGGCCUACUGGGCACAGUACCGCACCAAUGAGGACCAGCUCUUCCAGCGCACCGCCGAGGUACACUCACGGGUGCUGGCUGCCAACAAUGUGCGCCGCUUCUUUGGCUUCGUGGCACUCAACAAGGAUGACGAGGAGCUUGUUGCCAGGUUCCCAGUGGAAGGCACACAGCCUCGGCCACAGUGGAACGCCAUCACUGGCGUCUACUUGUACCGUGAGAACCAGGGCCUCCCACUGUACAGCCGCCUGCACAAGUGGGCCCAAGGUCUGGCAGGCAAUGGGACAGCACCAGAAACCAUGGAGAUGGCCCCCCUCACCUCCUGAGGGUCCUUCAUCACACUCUUUGCAAGUGACAGUACUUGGGUUUCAAACUGAACUCCACUGCGUGCUCACAGCAGCAUCAGACGGGGAUGAUUUUUAAAACUUUUUUGGGAAACAGGCCAGGAGCAAGGAGCACAAAGCAACCUGGGGUGUGGAGAGAGCUAGUAGACAAUGGGGUCCGCUUCCACAGGAAGGUUCUCAGACCUGAAGAAACCCCCUCUCCUGCUGCCACCAACCACUGGGGUCAACAGCUUUGGAGAAAAGACCCCUUUGCAAAAUUCGUCCUUAAUUAACUAGGACAUGGAUGACCUUUUACUGGUAGGACUCCAAGGCUGGGAAGCCCUGACCAGCAGAGCCAGGUAACCGUGAAAUUCACCAGCAGACUCCUUGUACAGGAUAUCGUGCUAUUAAUGGAUGUGUGACUGAUUGCAUAUGGUUACCUGGCUCAACAGCGCUCAGCCAGGAAGAUGCCCUCCAAUGUAUGCUCUGGCAUUAUUUUAUAUACUUAAAUUUUUGAUAAAGUUUUUCUUAGUAUAAAGGACUA